AUGUCGCCCACUCAGAACAAUUCCGCCGAGACAGACCCCUCCCGCCCUAGUCUGGAAGACGCUAUUAUCAAUCCAGGCGCUGUGAAAAUCAACGUUCAAGGCGCUUAUAUUGUGGACGACCACCCUCCGACUCCGGAAAGUCCAGCAGAAGAAGAUGGAGUAGUGUAUGAGCGCAAAGAUAUUCGACUUCCUCACCAUACAAGUGUUGUGAGCCAUGUGGCGGUUGAUAUUGGAGGUUCAUUGGCAAAAUUAGUUUAUUUCACCAGAGAAAUUUCAUCACAAUCUGACGGCGGCCGAUUAAAUUUCAUCAAAUUCGAGACAGAACGAAUAGACCGAUGCAUCGAGUUCAUAAAACAGCUAAAGGAGGACCAUGAGAGACUCAAUGGCUCCGUACCCGACGAACUAUGCGUUGUCGCAACUGGCGGAGGCGCUUACAAGUACUAUGACAAACUGAAGGAGACGUUAAAGGUGGACAUCUUACGAGAGGAUGAGAUGGACUGCUUGAUAACAGGCCUCAACUUUUUCAUUACCGAGAUACCUAACGAAGUUUUUAGCUAUAGCGAAACCGAACCCAUGAAAUUCGCCGAGCCGAAUGGGAGCGUCUAUCCAUAUCUACUUGUCAAUAUUGGUUCAGGAGUCUCGAUGAUAAAAGUGUCUGGUCCUAAAGAAUUCCAACGUGUUGGUGGUACGCAUCUUGGUGGUGGAACUUUCUGGGGUCUAAUGGCACUUUUGACCGGUGCAACCACGUUCGAUGAUAUGCUGGCAAUGGCCGACCGAGGUGAUAACAGCGGUGUCGAUAUGUUGGUGGGCGAUAUUUACGGAAUGGACUAUAACAAAAUCGGACUGAAGAGCACGGCAAUUGCUAGCACGUUUGGCAAAGUCUUGAAACUGAAACGAAGUGCUGAGCAGCGGGCUGAAGAUGGCUCUGAUCUUGGUGAAGACCCAGAGGAUACGCCACCCGUACAGUUCAGCCAUGCCGAUAUGAGUCGAAGUCUUUUGUUUGCGAUCAGUAACAACAUUGGUCAAAUUGCCUAUUUACAAUCCGAAAAACAUGAGCUAAAACAUAUUUACUUUGGUGGUUCCUUUAUCCGUGGCCAUCUGCAAACUAUGAACACACUAUCAUAUGCUAUCAAGUUUUGGUCUAAAGGCGAAAAGCAGGCUUACUUCUUACGACAUGAAGGAUAUCUCGGCGCAGUCGGCGCGUUCUUGAAACGGCAGCCUCAGAAUUGGGGCCGCCGAAACAGCAUCGAUGAGGCGUCGGUGACUAAGCAAUUUCGCGAAAAUCUUGUCCAGGAAAUCAACCAAUCUCAACAGGCAGAGCCAGGGAAUCAACAACAACAACAACAAUGA